CUCCGACAUGUCAUCCAUCCUGAAAGAAACGGCGCUCCUGGAGGACACCAACAAUGAGAGCUUCUGGAUGCCUAGAAACUACCAACGCACAGUGAAGCGGACCCAGGACUCCUUCCAGGUGUGCAACGACCUGGUGGUGUGCUUCCAGGAGCGCGCGCGCGUGGAGAGACAGUACGCCCAGCACCUGAGUGAGUGGAGCAGCAAGUGGAAGCCCCUGGUGGAGAGCAGCCCGCUGUACGGGUCCCUGCUCCAGGCAUGGCAGUGCUUCCUCACGUCGGCUGACCGCCUCUCCGCCCUGCACGCCUCCAUCUGUAAGUCCCUGGUGUCCGAGGACGGCGACCGGGUGAAGACCUGGCAGAAAGAGACCUUCCACAAGAAGAUAUUUUGUGGUUUCCGAGAGUCGCAGGACCUUGACACGGGUUUUUCCAGAGCUCAAAAGCCCUGGGCCAAAAGACUGAAAAAGCUGGAGAAGGCGCGGGAUAACUACCACAAGGCCGCCCGCAAGGAGCAGACGGCUCAGGAGCGAGAGACGCACGCCCAGGGGAACCCCGACAUCGCCAUCGAGAAGCAGAGGAAGAUACAGGAAGCCAGGGAAGAGGCUGGGGAGGAGACAAAAAAGAUGCGCUUGCGCUAUGAGAAGGUGCUGGAGGAGGUGUCCCGCUACGCCCCGCGCUACAUGGAGGAGAUGGAGUGCAUUUUCGACCAGGCACAAGAGGAGGAGAAGAAGAGGAUCAGCUUCCUUAAGCAAGCCUUUCUGUCCAUACACAGACACCUGGACAUCACAAACAAUGACAGUGUGAAGGCGGUGUACGGCGAGCUCCACCACGCCCUCAUGUCCAUUAACGAGCAGGAGGACCUGCGCUGGUGGAGGAACCACCGUGGGCCCGGCAUGCCCACCGACUGGCCGCAGUUCCAGGACUGGAUUCCCACAGAAAAGCCGAAGAAAGAGAAGAGGCAGAUAGUUGAGAAAGAAACUCCUCUGGAGAGAAGCGUGAUGAUUGGAGGAGUGAAAGUUAGAUCGCUGUAUGACUACGUGGGACAGGAACCAGACGAGCUCUCCUUUAAAGCAGGCGAGGUGUUUCUGAAGAUUGAAGAUGAAGAUGACCAAGGCUGGUGUCGCGGGAUCAACGGCGAUGGGAAGGAAGGCUUGUACCCAGCUAAUUACGUACAACCGGUGCUGUAACUUCAACCCGCCACUAGGGGGAACUAAAGUGAUUAAACGCAACUAUGCUUUCGUCGACUAUAUUGGCACAGCUGCUGUAACUUCAACCCGCCACUAGGGGGAACUAAAGUGAUUAAACGCAACUAUGCUUUUGUCGACUAUAUUGGCUCAGUUCAUGCAGUGAUGUCGGUGAGCCUGUGGGACCUGGAGUCCCAGUAGUGUUUUUUGGCUGAGGCUUUCUCAAAAACACUGCAGUGCCAGUGCCUUAUUUCUUCAGUGCCUCUUAAACUCAGUAUAGGUGUUUCUGCACGUUGGGCUGUGCAUUUUAUGUUGGGCUGUGCAUCUCUCCGUUGUAGGUUCGACGUAAAGGAGAUUUAUCCUUGCAAAAAGCUGGAGCUUUUAAAAAAAAACUAAACAUUUUGUAUUAAUUGAGAAAGAGAGGUUUGACAACUAAGGGCAUUUUGAUUUGCGUUUGGCUUCUAUGUAAGCUAGCCUAUUUAUUUAACAUUGUCUGGAAUGUGCCGUCAGUUAUUAAAUAAGUCAAUCAGCUAUAGCUGCUGUACAGUCAUUUGACUAUCUGCAACCAUGCUGUUACGGUUGCCAAAACCAGAACUCCAUACAGCGAAUUAGCCACUGCUAAAACCAGAACUCCAUACAGCUAAUUAGCCACUGCUAAAACCAGUUUGUUCUUGUGUAUUUCAUGUAACUCUCCAUGAGUGCAUUUCCGCUAAUGCUCAUAGUUGCUCUCAAGUAAUGCCAACAGCACAAGCUUUUAUUUAAAAUCUUAUUUAAAAAAUGUUCUGCACAGAUUUAUGCAAGCAUCUUAAGAUGUACAGUUAUCCUAAUUACACAAUUUUAUUACCAAUGAUUUAGUUUUUUCCAUUUAGCUUCCAUGGGUCCAGUAGGAACUACAACACAGAUCUUGAGAGCCAGGGAACCACUCAUAGUUUUUCAAUAGGGAUGAAUGCCACAGUUUAUCUCUAAAUUCCGUGCUAUAUUAAUUAUGGGCGUUCGUGAAAACAUACACUGCAUAGCUUUGAAAACAUUGUUUGUGUGCUUGCAUUUCAUUAUAUGUGUCCAUUGGUCAUAAUCUCUUAUGGUUUUUCCCGGGCUCAUGAAAUGGCGUAAACAUAGUUUAAUGUAUUUACACAAGGGAGGUUUUAAAAGCUCGAUAUUAUUGCACAAUGCUUUGGCAGAGUGCUGAAGUACACUCUAUGGAUUCAAUUGCAGUGAGUGAAGCUUAGUGAGUUUUGGGCCAUUGGAACUGAAUCUCUUAUUAUUGAUUCAUAAAACUUGAGUGUGCGGUAUGGGAUUUUUAAUUUUGUAGUUAGCAUUAUAAAUAGCAUUAUUUGUUGAUUGCCUUUAUUACACAAGUGAGCUUCAGUUGUGUUGUGUUCUGUUGCGGAGGAAGAACUCCUUCGCCGUGUUCAUCUUUCACCUUGGCAUGCUUCUCAGCCACAGACAUGCACUGCAUUGUAAGAAUAUUAAAUCAAUCGUUUGAGAUCA